AUGAGGGCUCCCUGCAAGAGGUCCGGGGAGAAGGAAGAGCAGGAGGAAAAGGUGGCAGCGGCCGCUGGGCGUCUUGCAGGCGCCCCGGAGGCCGAGGAGUGUUCAGACGUUGAUUCAGACUCCGACCGGGAGAUGGAAGGUAUCCGUGGGCCUGGAGGACUGGUCAAAGACACCCUCUACCUGAGGUCUUGCCAGGCCCAUAGUGUUGUGCCUGCCUCCUGCUUUCUGCGCCAAGGGAGCACCCCAGAGCUGAACCUGAGGCACCAUGGCCUGGGGCCCCAGGGUGCCCGGGCUCUGGCUUCAGCAUUGACCUCCAAUCCCUAUGUCAAGCGGCUGGACCUUCGAGACAAUGGGCUCUGUGGGGACGGCGUGGAGGCCCUGGCAGGUGCCCUGAGCAAAAGCAGCACUAUCUGUGAUGUGGACCUGUCAGAGAACCAGAUGGGAGUGGUGGGAGCGCAGGCGAUCUGUGCUGCCCUCACGGUGAACCCAACCAUGCAGAAGGUACAACUGGCAGGGAACGGCCUGGAGGAGCAUGCAGCCCAGUACCUUGCUGAACUCCUGCUGGCCCACACGGGACUGAAAUCCCUGGACCUGAGCUAUAACCAGCUGACUGACCAUGCAGGGGAGAUCCUUGGACCAGCCCUGGCAGAAAAUACAGGACUCACCGAGCUUAAUAUAAGCUGGAAUCACCUUCGAGGACCAGGAGCUAUAGCCUUUGCCAGGGGACUGGAGGCAAACAUCUUCCUCAGAGUCCUGGACAUCUCAUACAAUGGCUUUGGAGAUCCUGGAGCAUCCGCGGUGGGUGAGGCACUUAAGACCAACAACGUGUUGGAGGAACUCAACAUGAGCAACAACCGCAUCUCUGCAGUGGGAGCCUUGAGCCUGGGCCUGGGCCUCCGGGUCAACCAGACGCUGAGGAUUCUUGUUAUGUCCAGGAAUCCCAUGCGAGGUGAAGGCUGCUUCGGAGUUCUAAAGUCUGUCCGGGAUAAUCCGAUGUCUGCCCUAGAACUCCUAGAUUUCUCUGAGAUCCAAGUGGACAGAGAGUUUGAUGACCUCGCCAGCUCAGUGAAGGUACUUCUUCCAGCACUCCAUGUAAAGACUGCUGCCCACAGAAAAGAGUUACUGCCAGUCUUCACCCCAUCCCUACCAGCGUCUGUCCCUAAGUGA